AUGGCGAAUACCAAAGAAGCCAAACGAGACCUGAUUCCUCACAUCACAUUUCCCAUCCCAAGCCUCAAGGACAUCCCAAGACCAGCAGACAAGGAACAACGUAUCAAGACCAUAAUCGCCAAUCUCGACAAACAUCACCAGACUGCCCGUCUGAGCAUCAUUGAAGCAGCGAAGCUCAGACUCGAAGAAGAACACCAGGCCCUGGAGCAAAAUAAAGAAGUCGAUGAUGAAGACAACAUGGACCUCUCUCCCAUAUCGCCACCAGACGGCAUAGAACUCUUCCUAUCAAACCUCCACGCACCCUACCACGAAUCCAUGGGCGACCCUUGCUACUACAAUAACAAAAAUCCAGCUCCCAUCGGUGUGAGCCCUCACAUCACUUCCGCAGAAAAGGAAAGAGAAAAAGAACAAGAAGAAAAAAUGUCCCAGGGAGUUCCACAGAAGAUUCCUCCCAUGGAAAUUCGCCUCGCGAGAGAAACUCUGGCGCAAAUCGCGCGGUAUGAUGCUCAUGCACUUCCUGCGAGGAAAUUUUAUACGGAUGCUUUGAGUAGAAGUAUGGGAGGUGGUGGAGUUGGAGGCGUUGGAGGUGGAAGAAGAGAGUCUACUAUGAUCAGUAAUAGUAGUCCGAGAAGGGUGAGUAGUACAGGUGGUGGCGGCGGUCUUGUUGCUGCUAUAGACCCAUCAUGGAGGUCGGGUUCUACUACUACUGCUACUACUACUGGAUAUACGACGAGUCGGACGGGUUCUGCCACAUUUACUCCAGGGAGGGUAGAUCCUCGUCUGGCGAAUAGAAGUGGUAGUGGGACUUUGAAUAGUCCUCUAGCGCAGAGUCCAAGUGAAAGGGAGAGUGCCAGGCCGAGUGAUCCGAGAUUGAGGGGACGAUGA